CACAGGGAGGAAAAAGGAGAGGGAGCGAGCGAGCACCCAAGUGAGAGAGUGAGAGGGAGGGGAUAGUGAAAUAGAGAGGAGGAAAAAACACAAGGAGGUGGGGGGAAUAUAAGAGGAGAACACAGGAAACGGGAGGGAAACGCGGGGAGGGAAGAGAUAUCAUAUUGUUCAUUUCUCUCUCUCUCUGUCUGCCAUCCCGGUUGCGGGGCUUACUGCUCGGUGCGUCUUCGAGAGAAGACAGAGAGGAAGAGGAGGGGGUGGACAGAGCGAAAGAGGGCGGAAUGCCCCUUUACAAGCGUCGCAUCUGACUAAAACAGCGGAGAAGCUCGUAAAUCGGAAAUUGGACAGAGGGAGACAGUGGUUUCUGCAACGCCAAGGUGAUGUUGGAGAGCUUCAAAUGAGUCUCCACCUAUCCGACAGUGGGUUCAAAUCCAUGCUGAUGUGUUGGAGAGACCCUGAAAACUGAUGUGUUCCACCGACUCCAGUUGGAACUAGAUGACUAAGAGCUCAACUCUGUUCCCAUUUUGAAGUUAAGAAAAAAAAAGCCACUUGUCUGCAGGCUGCUGUUUCUGGUCUUGGAAACAUUAGGAAAAUAACACGCUAAAGGUUAUGCAUGCACUGCAGGCAUAACUCCGCAUUCCUCGGCCAAAUCUAUUUGCUAAGAAAAUUUUACAUGAAGAGUGUCUCCGCUCUGGCUUGCAAAUUCAACAUGGCCCAGAUCUGCAACAGUCGAGUUCAAUAAAGGGAAAGUGAGAGGGGUGGGUGUCGCUCAGUCACACAUGGGCACGUCAGUCUGGUCUCUGUGAUCCAGACCAAGGCACCCCGCAGAGCCCCUCGUGUUCUUGCCUUAUUGCCGCUGCCCCUUCAGCUUCCUCUGCCUCCUCUUUCUCAGUUCGCACCUUGUAAAAGGUGGACGGGCCAACAAUCUACUUACCCAAGCGCCGUCCGAUAGGUGAGGGCGGCGAGGGCUGCACUGUCAUUGGCUGACUGCUGGUGAGAGUGCGAUGCGGAUUGGAGGAUGUCGGGGGACUGGGAUGAAGACCUGUGUAAGAAGGCGCUGGUGUUGGUGGAGGAGCUGUGUUUCAACUCCCCGAGAGGUUACAGCCAGAGUGAACGCUGCCAGGAGUUCAGCUACCUGCUGAGAGGUCGCAACAGACAGCUGGACACAGAAAUCUCUGUCAGUCUGCUGUCGGUCAUCGUGACAUUCUGUGGCAUCGUCCUCCUCUCCGUCUCCCUCUUCGUCUCCUGGAAGCUCUGCUGGCUGCCAUGGAGGGACAAGGAGGGCGGAGGCUUGAGCCUGACGUCAGGGUUGCUGCCCGGAAGCGCUGGUGUAGGAAGCCUUGGAGGUGCCGGCGGCUCAUCACUCUUACCCCCCCUGCUGCAGAGGAAGGAGGGCCACUCCUCGUCCUCACUCUACCCCACCCUGGGCCAGCAGGGUGGGCACCACCCUCAUUUCUCUGACCUGGUGGGGCUGGAGAGGGGGGAGGUCGGAGGUGUGGUUGGGGGGCCACAGGACACCCAGGAGUCCUCCUACCUGGACAUGGACUCCUACCCCAACAAUGCUGGAACUCUGAAGCUGAGUCAGACAUCUCCAGAUGUCCCCAACUCAGAGGUUGGAGCCCAGCCCCAUAAAGACCUGCCCAAUGCUCACUCCCAGCAGCAGGUCACCUCCCGGCCCAAGCCCAUGACUCACCAGCUCUCCAGCCCUGAUUUCCACGGGGAGGAGAAGGAGCAGGUAACCAGCAUUGGGCAGAUCAAACCAGAGCUCUACAGGCCCAAGGGCGACCAGGGUGAAGGCAAACCAGGCGACAACUGCGGCAAGAUCAGCUUCCUCCUGCGCUACGCCUUCAAUACGGAGCAGUUGGUGGUGAAGAUCCUGAAAGCUCUGGACCUGCCGGCGAAGGACGCCAACGGCUUCUCUGACCCAUACGUGAAGAUCUACCUACUGCCAGACAGGAAGAAGAAAUACCAGACCAAGGUCCACAGAAAGACCUUAAACCCAGUGUUCAAUGAGACGUUUCAGUUCGGCGUGCCGCUGAAUGAGCUACAUUCCAGGAAGCUGCAUUUCUCUGUGUACGACUUCGACCGCUUCUCCAGACACGACCUGAUUGGCCAGGUAGUGGUAGACAACCUGCUGGACUUCAGCGAGGGCAGCGGGGACAAACCUGUCUGGAGGGACAUUGUGGAGGGCACCGCGGAGAAGGCUGAUCUCGGGGAGCUUAAUUUCUCGCUGUGUUACCUGCCCACUGCAGGCAGGCUCACUGCUACAGUCAUCAAGGCCACCAACCUCAAAGCCAUGGACCUGACUGGCUUCUCAGACCCGUAUGUGAAGGCCUCUUUGAUCUGUGACGGGCGGAGGCUAAAAAAGAGGAAGACUUCCAUUAAGAAGAACACACUGAACCCUACGUAUAACGAGGCGCUGGUGUUUGACAUUCCCAAUGAAAAUAUAGAGAGUGUAUCCAUCAUCUUUGCCGUGAUGGACUAUGACUGUAUCGGUCAUAACGAGGUUAUAGGGAUGUGUCAUGUGGGCAGUGAAGCUGACGGUCCAGGGAGGGAGCACUGGACAGCCAUGCUGGCCAAUCCACGCAAACCAAUAGAACACUGGCAUCAGCUUGUGGAGGAAAAAGCAAUUGGUACAUUCGUGUCGAAGACUGGUACCACAUCCUCCCCAAAGCCGCACAUCGUGGUGGACAGUCCUCACUCUGAUUAAACCUUCCACUGAGGAUGCGAUGGAGUGAGCUUCUGAGAGACAUGGACUGUUUGAUCGUCCUCUGCUUUCUGGCCAAACUGGCAGACUUUUCCUAAUGUAGGACUACACAGGUUGGAUGAAACCUGCGUUUAGGAUUGGACCAGCAUCUGUUUGGAGUGCACUCACCAGAGGAUGUAUCCCACGGGGAAGGAUAUCACCACUCUAUCUUAUUUUUCUAUCAUUCCAGGACUUUUUUCUGUUCUUUUUCUUUUCUCAAGAAGUCAUUGUCCAGCUUCAACUGAGAAAAUUGUUAUCUUCAAGUCCACAUCAUGUCUCUGACAAGACUUUAGGAGGACACACACGUCCGUGUUGCUUUUAUUAGUGUGUGUUUCCGUGUUUGUGGGCGUGUUUGUUUUGUAUUUGUGCGCGUCCGUGUGUGUGUGUAUGCCUGUGUGUCACUGUGACCUUGUGUGUGACACGUUUCCGUGCUCACCCCCUCCCUCGUCCUUUUUUCUGUCUCUGCCCCCACCCCGAAGCCCCCACCCCACUCCCUGAAAUCCCGGCAUCCACAGACUGAAACGCUUGUCUCGGAGCCAAACGUGUCUUCUGUCCUGUGUCUUAACAAGGAGCCAUUUUGUGUGUGUGCGUGUAUGUGUGUGUGUGAGUGUGUGUUUGAGAAUGUGUGUACUAUACGUGCCUCAUUGCACUAGGUGGGGAAACACUGUCUUUCAUAGACAUUAGUUUGUAUUGUCUAUGUCGUCUCUGAAAUCAGCUGCCAAUCAUUCAACCCUCCUCUCCUCUCUAACCCUUUGCCUGAUGUAAGUAACUGUGUUGAUUGUGUACUUCUUUCAGUAAUUUGUGUACUGUAUGUCCGAGGGAAAAACCAGAUGGCACAGUGAUUGAAAAUUGAAUUGUUGGGUGUGUUUUUGAUUAAAUUUACGAGAAGGAACACAAAAAAAAAGGAGAAAAAAAAAAGAAACAAACAUCCGAGGCUCAUUUGUUACGGCCUACAGAUCAUGACAAAUUUACAUCCCCUUAGAGCGAGACAACAGGGAGGAGGUGUUGUGAGAAAACAAGCGCCUGGAAUUUCUGCACUUCCUUUGUAAACCGAUACAGACUUAUAAAGCCAUGUCUGUCACCGCUACUACGACUACUACUGUAACCUCAGCAAAACAACAGUACAACACCUCACUACAGCUACUUGUAUUGCAAUCGUUGCCAUUUCUCUCUCAUCCUCUCGCACACACACUUUUAUGGAGGAGUGUGUGCGUGUUUCAGGGUACAGGGAUCUAGUUUCUUUCUCUUUACCUCUGGUCCGUGCGAGUGCAGUAAGACAAACUGGCGUGCUUGAUCGGGUAUACGGGAGGCAACACAUCCUGCAUCAUACCUGCAAGUAUGCUGUGUGGGUUGUCAGCUGGUGGAUUAUCGACCAGCUUGUAUAAGUAGAUAUGGUAUUGAUCCAUCGGUCUCGAGGCCCCAUAAUUCUCUCUUUCCCAGCCUCUCUCUCUCUCUCUGCUUGUGUCUACCCUAUUUAGCCCUUGUGUUACUGCCUGGUGAUAGAUUACAAAACUCAUAGUGGAACCAGCACAUUCCCGUAUUCUCUUCCUCCCUCUGUCCGCCACCCUCCCCCCCUUCUCUUUCUGUUUCUGUCUGUCUGAUUACUGUCUGAUUACUCAUUCUCUCCUCCAGCAUUCCUUACCUUUCCUCCCGCUCCACUCCUCCACCUCCACCUCCACCUAUCCAUUCCUCGCUCUAUUUUUCUCCCCACCCCACCACCUUCCAGCUCCCUCCGCUAUCUCGCAUCCCUCCAUCUUGCCCUCUUUCUUUCUGUGUACGACACCCCCCCCCUCCUCUGCCCCUUCUUCCCUCCUCUCUAUUCUCUCUCGCUGUCUUCUCGUGUUAGUGCAGUUCUGAAUGGUCAUGGGGAAACAUGUUUGCAUGCUUAUAUUAACAUGAAUGAUGUCAACUUGAUGCAAUGAAAAAUUAUAUAAGUGAUGCUUUAAGCAAAAUCUGACAAUGAACUUGAUACUAAUACUACUAAUGACGACUAAAUGGAGACCUAGCAAUUGUUUAUCUCUGUGGUCAAAAACAACGAUGAUGAAAUAACAUUGUUUAUGCUGUAUUUAUCUCGAAAUUGGUAUUCUUUUUUUUAUUUUCAAUUGUUUUUUUAUAUAUAUAUAAUUUAUUCAAGAGGUUUACUUUUUUAUUGGUUAAAGCUGAGAAUUUGAGUGAGGGGUUCAGUCAGGACAGCUGUACCAGGUCGCAGGAUAUUGGUGAAUGUGUAAGUAACAGUGUGGCUGAAGCAAAUGAUAAUGGAAAUAAAGGAAAUGUA